UGAUAGGCGUACCCCCUGGAUGUGUGAGAAUGAAAGCAGAUGGGAGAUUAAAGAGAAGAGUUAGUGCAGCGCGGGAGAAUGAGAAAGAGACAAAGUGACAGAGAGAGAUAGAGAGAGACUAGAAACAAGAAAGAAAGAGUGCAAGAUGUCAAAAAAGGGGUAGAUGGGAGACUCUUCAUGUCUUAAGCGCAAAGUGUAUGUAGCUAUAGGUUUAAUCAUAUUUUAAAAAGUGGAUCAUCCGUCUGAUCAUAAAACCACUCCCCUAUGCAAAAACCCUCAUGAAAAGACCAGCUUAGACCAGUGCUGUUGGUUGGUUCUGGUAGACCAGCGUAGAUAUGCUAGGAGCAAAACUUGUUGGUGAAGUUGGUGAAGUACAUCAACCAUAAUGCUCUUUCACAUCAAACUGGUUGAGCUAGUCAAGACCACUUUUGGAAAAAUCAGCAUCCAUCAUAUGCUGGUGACCAGAUUAGCUGGUGUUUUCAACAGGGGGAAAUUACAUUCAGUUGUCACAGUGACUUAAGACAGGCAGACUCGCGCCCAGAGAAAGAGGAAGGCCAAAUACUGCUGCGGAUUUAGGUGAAAAGCCACUGUAACAUUUAGCAUUAGGACAUUCAAACCUAUCUAGGCAAAGGAGUCAAAAAACAAUAAAGAGACAGAUAGAGAUUUUAAAGAGUGAGUGGGGGUAGUGAUGCAGGAAAUCCAAUGCCGAGGUCAGUGAGAUUUGAAAAAGUGAAAGAAGAGUGAGUCGGUGAAGGAGGGGACGAGAAACGUAAUCGAGAGGCUUGAAACCACAAACUAAAGGGGCAGCGCUCAGAUGCUGCUCCCCCGUCCCCUGACCCCGAGCCAGCCCCACCGAGCCUGGGCGACGUGAUUGACGCAGUGAAGGCAGCCUUUGAGCAGGCAAUACAGAUCUCAACAGACGGCACCAGACGUGAAGCCUUGGAGCAGGCUGGAGAGGAUCUCGUACCACAGAAGACUCCAGCAGGGCAGCCACCAGCAGCAGAGAACAUGGCAGAUCAUACAACAGAACAAGCAGCUGUGAUGAGAGUCAGUGAAGAGGCAGCAGUUCUCCCGGCAGGAGAACCAGAUGUCCGUGUCUCAGAAUCAAAUGAAGAAAUACACGAGGAAUCAGCUCAAGAUACAGAACCUGCAAGACUGAUAGAACACGAAUCAUUUGAUUCAGAGCCAACAAAAGAAUCACUUCCAAAACCAGUCUUAGAGGUAGCAGAGUCUGUUAAGGAAGGAGUUAAAUUAAGUGUUGAGUCAGCUUUGUUGGGCCCUCGGGUUGUUGAAAUGAGUGAUACAGAAACUGAGGAGUCACCUGUUCAGGUGUUUAGUGCUGACAUACAAAAGAAAAAUGAAACAGGGAAAAAAGCUACUGAAAUGAAAGCUGGAAGUGAGGGGGUAGAAAGAGAAGUGGGAUUUAACGAGGCAAAUGCUAGGAAACAUCAAGAGUCUGAGAUGGAGAAGAGUAUAGAAAUAGAGAACGUAGAGGUGACAGUGAGUAAUGAAGAAGUCGAAGAAGAGCUCCAUGAUGAUAAACAUCUGCGAAUGCUUCCCGGACCUGUGGAAAGACCAGAGGAGACAGAAUCAGAGUUUAGUGAGGAGAAAAAGCAUGAUGUGGGAGCAGAGGAUAAGACAGAGGAAGAGCUAGACCGAGUACAGGGAGCAGAAGGAGCUGUGAUUAAAUUUGAGGUAGGGGAUAAGAAGGUAGAGGCUGAAAAAGACCUUCUGGGAGAGCACGAGGUCCUGCCAACCAGGAAAACCAUACUGGUGGAAACUCGACAGGAACCAGAGGUCAACAUGGACACCAACGGGCCAAUUAAGAGGCAGGAGUCUGCCAUUAUGAAGUCUAAAGCAAUGGGCGGUACAGCACACGAGGUCAAUGACGUGAAUGAGAUUAUCACAUCCAGGGACCUGAUUGAGAACCGUCAUGAUAAACCAGCAAUGAUGAACACGGUUGAGGAGCUCCCAUCCACAUCCACCCUUGGCCGAGGGCUCAAAGACAAGAAUAAACCAGCAGAGGAACCUGAAGACAACACACAUUCGAAAGCCUUAGGGCAGGUAGCAUGGAAGACAGGAGCCAUCGCGGCAGCCUUCUUUCUCAUCCUGCAAACUGUUGUCACCAUUGUCUACAUUUUGAAAUGCAGGAGAAACCCAAACAGUGUGAUUUCGAAGAAACUGUGUGCGAGGGGAAAUGGGGGUGUAGAAUAUGAUGCAACCAACACAGACACAACCAUCCCAAUCGAUGAACGAAUUGCUGUAGAUGACCUUCCAGAGUACUCGCAGGUCCAGCAAGAGGACGUUGCUAUGACAACAAUCCCGCCGGAUUGUACAGAGAAAAACUCAUCCCGUGACCCCAGCACCUCUGUUGUUUAGCGUUGCUGACCUUAAAGUAUAAUUGUGUUGGUAAAUGAUUGAGUUUCUGACAGCAUGAUCGUGUGUGACGAAUAGUCAGAUUGGUCUUGACAGCAAUGUCACCCCUGGGUUAUUCACCAUAUAUUAUUUCGAAAAAAAAUCUUCAAUAAUGUAAGCACAAGGGAAGAAGAAAAGAGGGGUAUCAAUAUGUUUUGUCCUCAAUUGUCACUAAAUGAAAAUUGAUAAAGGUGAACGAUAACUGCACAUCACUUUAAAGGGAUAGUUCACCCAAAGAUUUCAUUCGGUCAUAAUUUACUCACCAGAAAGUUCACAUUGCCUUAGUGGAAGGAGAGCAUUAAAAUUCUUUAAAGCUGUUUUGCAUACAAUAAAACUGAAGGAUGAACGGGACAAACACUAAAAAUGUCCAAAAGCACCAUAAAACUAGAUUUGUGCCCUAUUUACCAAGUCUUCUGAAGUUGUACAGUUGUACAUUUAUAGACAGAAUAAAAGUUUUUUUGAUAAAAUAUUUCUUUUGAUUCAUUAAAUCACGUGAUUUAACUUACAAAUAAAAAAUAUUCUGUAUAAAUUAAAUGUGAAAUACUGUAAACAAACAGGAUUCAUGUUAUGUUUUCUCUUUUUAAUACACAAAGUCCUUCUCUUUUUGGUUUGUUUCUCUUCGCUAUUAUUCCUUAUACUUUUAUAAAAGCUGAACCAUCAGACCUCUCAAAAGG